CUGGAGAUGUAUGUCUACGAAUGGAGCUUUGCCCACGUCACAUGUUUGCUGACUCCGUAUCAGUUUUCUCCGCCAGGAUCAACAGCAAGUCUAAUCAGAAAUUCGACAUGAAAAUUGCAUUCCCCGUACCGGAGGGUCCCACGCCGUCCAUGCAGAACGGCGUGCUGCAUGUGACCUUGAUUCACCGCGAGUGGUUUGGUAUCUACGAGACGGCCAUAGCCCAGGCCGUAGUGCCGCUACACACCAUACAGCGACCAAUACCUGGUGGUCCAGAUCUUAUCCAGCCCAGUGACCGACCUGCAAUGGUGCACCUGAUGUGCCCCACAGCACAUCGAUGCGUUGUACAGGUUCUUCAAAAUCGUGCCAAGAGCGAGAAGCUGGCGCAGGACUUUAUGACUUGGCAUACAAAGAAGAGUCCACGCGGCAAUGAUAGCAAGACGACCAGCAGCAGCAGCCGGAGCAGGGACUCACACAGCCUUGAUGUCACACAGGACGAAUACGACUUGUUUCUGUAGUCUGUCUGUAGCGACGCACACAUGCAGCCUUGAUGUCACACAGAACGAAUACGACUUGUUUCUGUAGUCUGUCUGUAGCGACUCACACAUGCAGCCUUGAUGUCGCACAGGACGAAUACGACUUGUUUCUGUAGUCACUGCGCUGGUGGAGAAUUCUAUAGGCGUGCUGUACGAGUUGCUUUCGUUCUCCUCCUGAGUCCAUCGCUCUGACCAGAUGUCCGAUGUGAAUUUGAUCAGCUGUGCUCUACUAUCCAAGCUCAUCCCAUUACACAACGGCUGAAAUAAUCGCAAUAAAUUGGCUGGAAUCAUGACAAACUUUCUAGAAUUAUGAUAGACCUGUUGGUAUUAUGAUAAACCUGCUGGAAUUAUGAUAAACCUGCUGGAAUUGGAUAAACCUGGAUAAAUCUAACAUUACAGUUUGGAUUUAUCAUCUAAGGACACUGAGUUGAAUUCUGCCCGUCCUUGUCAUUAGACGAUGGGCUUUAUCCAACAAUUCAUGUAACGUUAUGCUGCUGCCGCUCGUCCAGAGACGGAGGAGUGAGCGCGUGCUAGUUAGUGUACGUUGCUCUCACCCGUUUUUUUGUGAAUUGUCAAGAGUGAUUUUUAAAAGUUCUAACGUAUACCGACGUAGUACAUGUAUGAUGACAGUGACAGCGCACCGCUAAUUUACUGUAAUGCGACUCUUUGCUUUUCGUCUGGUAACGAAAAUUUAAUGAUUGAUUCGAUAUCAGUCUGUUAUCUUGCGGCCGGGUGUGAAUGCUAGUGCAGUGCAUGUACCUGAUGGUCUGGUGAAC